UUCGUGACUCGCUCUCUAUCUUUAUCUCUCGCUGACUCACCGAGUUAGUUCCAUUGGACUCAGUUAAUCAUGAGGCGUUUCAGGCGAUUCGAGCUCAUUGAAGAUCCUUGCUUCUUCAGAGAAACCUCCAUUGUUUGUCCCAGAACCCUCACUUUCCCCUCAUUCAUUGAUGAAGAUCUGGAUGCUAGCCUCGCUCUUGGUCCCUUCAACUUCAAUCAUUUCACGCUUCCGAGCCCCUUCGAUUUCGACGUGCACGACGUCGUAACUGAUCUGGUGCGCAUCGAGCGAAAGCCGUUGUUGAGGCGUGUUCAGAGAGUGGAGAGGCUGGUGGGAACUGACUUCUACUUGCAGAAUCUGAGUGACCGAGUUGCCCAGUUGGAGUCGCGGUUCGAUCGGCUGGUUAAGUCGAAAGGGAUCGAAGGCAGCGAGCGGAAGUACACGUGGACGGCUGAGAUCAAGGGGCCGGAGGAGGAAGGGUUUGAUAGGAAGUACAAAUGGGUUGCGGAAAUUGUAGAAGAAGCGAAGAAGAAGGAAGAGGAGAAGAAGAAGAAGGCGAAAUGUGGGAUUGCGAAGAACUUUAGAUGGACAGCUGAGAUUAAGGGAAAAGGGGAGAACAGUGGCAGUUCACGAAAGUACACGGUCGAGGUAGAAUGUGGUGAUCAUUCGAAGAAGGAGAAGGACAAGAAAGAGAAGGAAAAGAAGAAGGAUGAGAAAGAUCGGAAGAAAAAGAAUGAAUUGCGCAUUGUGGAGAUUGAGGAGCCCAAUGAACAAGGAGCUGUUGUUUUAAGACAGGCAUUUGCAAGGAGGUUUGGAGCUGUCCAAAACCAGAGGGGCAAAAACAAGGAGUUAUCUGCUCAAGAUGCUGCAUUGUUGAUCCAAAUAAGCUUUAGGGCUUACUUGAUCCGUAGGUCAAAGGCUCUUCGUGCUCUUAGAGAACUUGCUGUUGCAAAAUCGAAGUUGAAAGAAAUCAGGGCUCAGUUCAAUAAUUUUGCAUACCGACGUCGUUUAGCACGUGAUGCAGAGGAGCGCCAAAGGUUCUCUGAGAAAAUCAUUGUACUGCUUCUUACUGUUGAUGCCAUUGAGGGAGCUGAUAUGAUGGUGCGAUCUGCAAAGAGGUCAAUGGUGGAUGAGCUGGAAGCGAUGCUUGAUGUUGUGGACCCUCAGCCUGCUGGUAGAUCUCUGUCCAUCAAACGAAGGACCUUCGACAUGCCCGAUGGCCUCAUCCAGAAGGAAAUCGAAGAAGGAGUUGCUCAGAUUGUGCAAAUGAUUGACAAAGCUGACCGUAGCAGCGGCACUUUUGAAGCUUGCGACUAAGAGAGCUAAGGAAUAAUAAUCCAUCUUGACCACAACCGUAUUAAACAUAACAUGACUUUGUGUUUUAUACGGAUUAGUGUUGGUGCACUUUGUAGGAGAUGAUAUUUAUGUGCUUAUGAAAUGGCAUGUUGGUUCAUUAUCUUGAAAUUUGGAGACUUGUAAGUUGAGCUUUCAUCUCAUGGUUUGUUUUUGUGUUGUUGAACUUUCUGUGGGACGAGGAUGUUGGGUUUUGGAUGUCUUCCAAGUUGUUGCCAUCUUAUGCCUUGUUUAGUGGGUAUGCUAGAGUUUUGAUGAAUUGAGAAUAGAAGAGUGAGAUUGGAAA